UGUGCGCCGCGCUGCCGCCAUGGGGUUACUGCUGGGCUGGGGGCCGGCCGGGAGCCACCGCCUCCUCCUCCUCGCCGCCGCCUCCCGCGCACCGCGGGCCGGGCAGUAGCGGCCUCGGCGAGGGCUGCCCUCCCGCGCCGCCCAUGGCGUAGCCGCGCUGCUGCGCGCCUGCCCCCGCAGGACGCGGCGCGGACAGAGCCGCUGCCAGGGCAGCGGCUUCUCAGCGGGAUUUUCGCCGCGUGCUUCGCAGUGGAUGCGCUGGAGUCGGUUGACUACGGCCUUUUGAGCACGCCUCCCCUAGCAGCCCUGCGGCGUUCAAGUCAGGGGGACAUCAAGUAACUUCUUGAACUUUCCUCGGUUUCAGCCGUGCUUCAAUUCAGGUCAGCUGAUUAAAAAAGCGUUGGGAAGCUGAAGGGAAAACUGGUCAUGAAAUGAUACUGAGAAUAGACACCACCAUCCAAACUGGAUGUUCAUGCCAGCAGUGGGCAAAAUAUGUACCAGGCAAUUUGAAGUCUAGAAGAUUUGAUUUCAAAGCACACCACAUUUUUCAAAGCAAGUAAAUCUACAUGAAGAGCUACAAAGGGAGCUGAUUUGAGAAGAUAGUGUUUGCAAAAAUGUCUUCAACUUGUGUGACUCCAGUGUUUGCUUUGAUUUUGUGUUUUGCAGCUGCAGGUCCUGUGCCUAGGAGCGAGUGCGUCUUAUCACCUGUUAACAAUUCGCACCCAGUCCAUGCUUUACUGGAGAGUUUUACCGUCUUAUCUGGCUGUGCAAGCCGAGGCACAACGGGCCUGCCACAAGAGGUGCAUGUCCUCAAUCUCAGAAAUCCUGAGGAAGGUCUUGGCCACCAUGAAAGAGAGGUCACAUUACACUUGAAUCCAAUUUCAUCUGUACAUAUUCACCAGAAGCCUCUGGUGUUUCUUCUCAACUCUCCUUUGCCUCUGCACUGGAAGCUAAAAACAGAAAGACUGGCACCUGGAAUCCGAAGAGUUUUCUUUGUGUCUUUAGGUUCUGUUGUUCAGUUUGAGAAGGGAAAUUUCUCUUUGUCAGCAGAAACAGAAGAAAAGCUUUUUCCUGAGAAAAAUGAAUAUCUGCUACAGUGGGCCCAGAAGGAAUAUGGAGCAGUUACAUCUUUCACCGAACUCAAAAUAUCAAGAAACAUCUAUAUUAAAGUAGGAGAAGAUCAAGUGUUUCCUCCCUCGUGCAACAUAGAAAAGAAUUUUCUCUCUUUAAAUUACCUUGCGGGAUACCUACAACCAAAAACAGCAGAGGGGUGCCUUAUGUCUAAUUUAGUCCAAGAAAGGGAAGUUCAUAUCAUUGAGCUAAUUACUCCAAAUUCCAAUCCAUACAGUGCUUUCCAGGUGGAUAUAAUCGUUGACAUUAAACCAUCUCAACCAGGCGCCAGGCUUGUCAGAGACAUCGUACUUAUCCUCAAGUGUAAAAAAUCUGUCAAUUGGGUUAUCAAGUCACACGAUGUCCAGGGAAAGCUGGAAGUGAUUACAUCAAACAGUAUUGGUUUUGGAAAGGAAACAGAGCGAUCCAUGAUUAUGAGUAAAUCAGUAAUACCUGAUAUUCCUUCUUCUCAUGAGAGUUUGAUCAAGUGGGCUUAUGAGCAUAAAUAUAGUCCGGUUACUUCCUACACAAAAGCCCCCGUUGCUAACAGAUUUCACCUGCAACUUGAAGAUACAGAAGAGAUGAAUGAUGAAGAAGACCAUUCUCUUCCUCCAGAGCUGACAGAACUGCUGCCUGCCUCAAAGAAUCCUGCAUUAAAUGAUGGCCUGACUUUUCCCUUUCACAUUAACAGAGGAAGGCAUGACACAGUGGGAGAAGGAAUUUUCCCAUCCAGGGAUUCAGUGGACACAUUAAUAAAUCAUGACUUUGAGCAUUCCCUCCCAAAGCACAAAGAACCUGAAGAGGUUCAGGGCAGUGCUGAUGUAGCCCUGUCAAUAAAGUGUGAUGACAAAGUCAUGAAGGUGGCUGUAGAAAAAAACUCUCUACAGGCUAGCGGCUACACAAGGACAGAGCUCUCACUGCUGGAUCAUUCUUGCAAGGCCAGGAUGAAUGGUACCCAUUUCAUUUUGGAGUCUUUACCGAAUAAAUGCGGGACACGGACAGCAUAUAUCUUGGACAAGAUUGUUUAUUUUAACUCUAUUGUCAUUCAGCUGUCAUCACCAGCUGAAAGCAGUGGCUUUGAUGAUGAUGACAUGGAAUCAGGUGAUAAUGGAUUUCCAGGGGAUGGUGAUGAGGGAGACAUUACUUUCUCAAGCUGGCCUGAAAUAGCGUUUAAUUGCACACUGCACCAGCCAGAGAAGGAUUUUUUUAAUCCUGCCAUGUUCUGGCCUCCUGAACCACACGUCAUGAAUGUGACCUUCAACAUGGAGCUAUACAAAACAGAUCUGUUCCUUGCUCCCUCCCAAGGACUCUUCUCUGUUGCUGAGAACGGGCCAAUAUACGUAGAGGUUUCUGUGACCAAAGCUGACAGAUCCUUGGGUUUUGCCAUUCAAACAUGCUUUGUUUCCCCAUUUUCAAAUCCAGAUAGAAUGUCUGAUUACACCAUUAUAGAAAAUAUUUGUCCUAAGGAUGAAUCUGUUAAAUUCUACAGUACUGAGAAGGUGAACUUCCCAAUAGCACAUGCACAGAAGAACAAAAAAAGAUUUAGCUUUGUGUUUAAACCAAUAUUCAACAUCUCACUGCUCUUUCUUCAUUGUGAGUUGACUUUGUGUACAAAUAAAGACAAAGAUACUGAAGGACUGCCUAAGUGUAUUCCUCCCGAUGAAGCUUGCACCUCUCUUAAUGUGGAUAUGAUCUUGGCCAUGAUGCACAACAAAAAAACCUUCACCAAGCCCCUUGUUGUAGUAACUCAUGAAGGAAAACCAGAAGAUCCCUCCCUUCCAAAAUCAAACGUGAGACAGUCACCUGUGUUCUAUGGUCUGGACACUCUGACUGUUGUGGGCAUUGCCUUUGCAGCGUUUGUAAUUGGAGCCCUGCUAACAGGAGCACUGUGGUUUAUCUACUCUCACACAGGUGAAACAGCUGGAAGACAGCAGGUCCCUACGUCCCCACCAGCCUCUGAAAACAGCAGUGCAGCACACAGCAUUGGCAGCACACAGAGUACCCCCUGUUCCAGCAGCAGUGCGACAUAACUCCAGGGAGAGAAAAGUUGAGGAGCAACAUAGGAGAGCAGAGGUUCAAAGGAUUGUGUGUUGACAUCAGCUUUUUAAAGCUAAAAGAACUAGUCCAGUUCCUUUUGAAAAAGUGAGGAGAGAUUAUUCUACAGACAGACUUUUUCUGGGGAAGCCACUGUGUGUGUGAAUGUGUGUAUGUACACACAGUGCUUGGGUAAGCACAGCCUUUUGGAUCUUCUGUAGUGUGUUAUGCUCUACAUGUGACAAAGCUACUAAUUUUACAGUACUGCAACCUGUUUUAGGGGUCUGUGGGCCCUUGAUGUGAAAUCUAUGCCAGUUUGGAAAAAUGCUGCUUUGUCUACACGACUUUUUCUUUCCCUAAGCCUUCUUAUUGACACAAGGUAUUCAUUAAGGGAGUUUAACAAGAUAAGCAGAACAAAGAUGAUAUUAGGUCAAAGGAUUUCUAUUUGUCUAAGCAAGAAAAUCUCAAGGUCAGAUCUCUGUGGUUAAUAACAUUUUAUUACUUCAGCUAUGUUAGCCACUUUUGAGUAACCUUUGUUUUUGUUAAGCUUACAGCUACGUUAUCUCAUGUGCUUUUAUGUUGUGUUUGCAGCUUCAGGUUUGUUCCAGGUAUUUCUGUUUUAAUGCACAUUGAGUUGGUAAGUGGAGAAGAGCACACUCUAACAUUCCCUUUCCAGUUUUCCAGGCCAAAGCUCUUUCAUAAGGGAUUUUUUUUUUAAUUUACUAUAACAAAUACAGGCACACACAAACAUAAAGAUAAAUAAUAAUGUUCUUGUGCACUGGCAUAAAUAUGUGUGUACAUUUAAUGGCAACGUUCUUAUGCAAAUAGAUGUAUACCUAAGUAUAUGGAGCCAAACGUUUUCCUUCAGCAACUGGGAAAUGAGCUCAGUAUUCCUUCCAUACAUAAAAUAUAUAAUGCAGAUAUAUAAAACAACUGUCUCUUUGGUUUAUAAUUGGUAGAUAGAAGAGAAUACAAAGGUGACACAGUUCUACUAUUUUAGUUCCCCCAAACUCCCUUUGAAAUAAGAGAUGGUUUUGAGGGUACAAACAAUGUACAGUAAAGCCUAUCAUUUUUGUAUAAUACCACCUAUAAAACAAAGCUAUUCUCUUGAGAUAACUGUGCAGUUGUUUAUGCCAAACUGUUGUAUGAACAUUGCAAUUGGAUAGUUCCAAGUAGUGUUGGAAUAUGGAAAGGGCAAAAAGAUACUAGUUUUCACAGUAUUUUUUUGUGUGUCAUUGCCAUAUCCUGACCUUUGACUAGAUGCCAAAUGAAAAGAAAAAAUGUGUAUUUUUGAAUGUGUGAUUCUUUGACUGUUAUGUUGCCUCUUUGUAAUUGUAAUGUGUCCUACUGAUCCUUCUCCUUUAAGGAAAUAUUAGUGUUGUUUUCCUCGAAAGAAAAAAAAAAGAGAGAGUAACUUUCAUUAAUUUUAGUAGAGGUUACCUGCGUUCUGCAAGAGAAGGGAAUUCAUUACACUAGAGUGAUAGCCUGCUCUGAAGUCUGAGGUGCAGAUUUGCUGUUUCUACAGUUGUGCCUUGCUGAUGCUAGGGUGGUCAAAGUGCAAGAUAUGCAAUAGAUGUAAGUGCCCAGAAUCAGGUAGAAGAAUAUUACUCAGCUUGAAUCAAAUUUGUUACUAAUCCUGCAAACAUUUAUGCACGAGUAACUACGUGCAUCAUCUUACUAGUACAAGUACAUGCUCAGUUCUACAGUUAUAGGUAUUCUCAGAAUAAGUGGAGAUAUACAGUGUGCAUAGUACACAUGUGAAAAGCGUUUUAUGUUACCAGGCCAAUGAGUAGUCCUGAUUAACAUCGACAGGAAUUGUCAUGUAAGUGUAGUUAUCCCCAUGCAUAAGAGUAUGCAGGAUUGGCUCUGUUAUGAGGCGUCAGGAGGAUGAAUGUGCUACCUGUGUGGCUGAAAAGAAAGCGCUUUGCCUAACCUUCAGCAGAAUGUAUUGUAUAAGCAUAUUCUAUGUGUAAAGUCUUUAAAGAUGUCUUCAAAGAAGACUAGAGUCUUUAAGUUCAAUCAUAGCUAUAUUUUACUACAUUAAAUUUGUGUAUAAAGAUAUAUUUAAAUGUUUUAGAUAAAUGUAAGUUACUCUAUAUGAAAUGUUUAAUUUCAAUUACUGUGAAAUUUACAUACUCUGUAAAUUCUUUUCCCUGUUUUAACCCUUUCCUUCCUCAGAUGUUUUAUUAAGUAGUUUCUCAUAGGAAGUUAUUAGAUUUGGUUGUUGGGAUGAACAGGUUGAAAACUUUCAUGUAAAAUAGAUAACUGUAUAUUUUUGAGAAAAACAAGCUGUAUUAUCAAUGGUUUUAUCAAAAUUUUACUCUAAUUUUAAAAUAAUUUAGAGAUUUAUAUUUACUGUUGGAUAAACCAAAAAUAUAUAAAGAUCAAAGAUUCAAUGUAUUGGCUUCUAUUUCAAAUAGUUUAAUUAACUGAACUUGGUGUACUCAGCUACCUAAUUCAGAAAUUGUAAUCAAUCUGAAUUAUUUGGAGGUUACCAAAAAUACACGUGAUUAUUUAGCAGUUGGAAGAGUAUUUCUGAUGUGUGAGAGAGAGAACUAAAAAGGGCAUUCCCAGUUAAUAGCUUUAUUACGAAAACAUAGUACUUUCUAGCAGCUGUGAAGUUGCUGUGAUUCAGAGUACUGAUAUACCUUUAAGCUCUACUUUCACAUGUAUAACAGCCAUUCAUAUCUACUGCAAGUUUCUAUAUUUAGCGUGGAAAGCUAUCUGAAUGUGUAACUGCAAAGCCAUUGGUUCCCAAAUCUGUUAAACCUGGUCUUGCCACACGGAAUUUCAUGUGGCCAGUGUUUGCCUGGUGUGGAGGCCAACAGGACACCUCAGUACUGCUUGUGUCCCAGUGUAGGCCUUUUAAACAGGGCUUCUGAGGGGCCAGCCAAGUGCCCACUCUCAUCACAGUGGAGAAUUUCAGCAUAACCUAAUUGACUCCAAAGAAACUUAUGUAAGAACGGGAGGACUGGGGUUAAAAGGGACAUCUUCUGUCUCCAAAAAGCUAUUAGUAACAUACUUAAACUUUGAAGCAGACUGCUUGUUGUCAUGCAUUGCCUUAUCACUAACCUUUUACAGCCUUUGGUGUUGGACAUUGCUGUAUUGAUGUUACAAAAAGUCAGCUUUCUGUGUUAGACUGUUUUUGUAGCAUUUUCCAUAUGGAAAUGGAGUUUGCAAAAAUGUCUGUAGAUGUUGAUGAUUGUAAACUUCCCCCUGCCCUUUUCUAACCCUUUCUCUUUUGUAUGUACAGUUCUUUCUGUUACGUAUAUCUACCUCAUGCUUCACAAGAAGACUGUACUGUUGGUUGUGCUGACAGCCCUUCCUGUGAGGUGACUGUUCUGCCGUGUUCAUCAUUCAUGGGGGUGUUCAUAGAGUUAACAGUCUUUGCUGCCAUGUUUCUACCAGUUCCAGACACAAUAUUCUCACCUUUAAAUAAAUAAGUAAGAUUCUCUAAGAUCCAAAUUCUAGAUAUAUUUUUUUUUAAUUGAAGAACGGGAGAAAUUUGCUUGCUAAUACCUGUGGCCAGUCUUAACACCCCAUUUAUACUACAUGUUAUGUUCAGUAUUUCAGAGACUUGUAGAAUGUGCUUGGUUGUACAGUUUUGAUACCCACAGAGUCAUGUCAUCUUAGUCUCUUGUGCAUAAUAAAGUAUAUAUCAAUAUAUUAA